AUGAAACUCAGAAUUCUUGCGAGACAACAGUUUCUAAUCAAUCGACUUAUCAGAUUUCUCAUGUUAUUUUACCAGAUAUGGUUUUCCUAAAGAUUCAUUUAUUUCCGAUGAAAUUUCUUCCAAAUCUGAGGAAAAUAUGUUGAAUGAACCUAGUCAUGAUCGAAAACCUGAUGUAGUUUUGAUAGAUGCUGAUUUUUCUAAUGAUCCUUUACUCUGCAAUGACAUUCCUAAUAAAUUCGAGGAAACUAUUUCAGAAGAAUCAAAUCCUAGUGUCAUAUCAAAUAUUAUUUGUCCUCAUAUUGCAUUUGUUUCUUGUGGGAGACUGGUUCAAUGCGAAGCACGAGUACUAAAUUACAAUUCUGAUGAUUUCAUAUCAACUGCUGUUUAUCCUCAUCACAAUGUCACUUCUAAUGUUUACUCUAACCAAUCUGAAAAAUAUGUUUUAAAUGAAGCCACAUCAUUCAUGAAUUGGGGAUAUAAAUAUCCAACAUUAUUUCGUGUGGGAGGAUAGUCUAAAAGUGUGUGGUUCAAAUUCUAGUUAGCAUCGGUUUCAGUACUCAACCGACAUGGUGAUUGUACACAAUCCCAGGAAGCAGAUGGAAACAUCUCACAGGACGUAACAGGCGAGUAGAAUAGUCAGGAACGAACAACACACCCGUGGCAUACAGGUUUUUAUACCGAGUCAUCAAUUCUUGAAACGUGUUACCCGAAGCAGUGACGUCCGAACCUUCGAAUGGCUCAUACAAGAGAAGACUGGACACUCACAAAAGCAUACUAGAAAAGGAAUAAAAUGGACCGUAAGCCUUCUAUCUUUACUACACAAAUCUGAAUCUAAAUCGAAGGAAGUACAAAAACUGAAAUCGAAUCGUCUACGUCUGGAGUUUCGUUUCUCGCACCAAGUAGUGAAGUAGAAGAAUUCUCUACCAGAACUUGCAAUACCAGCAUCUUCUAUUGAUAUAUUCAAAACGAGAUUAGACCUCCACUGUGUUACAAAUUGCAACGAUUAUAAUAGUUCGAUAGACCUCCUACCGUGUUACUGAAGACUGAAUCUGACUCCACUUUUUGAAGUUGCACGUUACGUUCGUGUUUGUCUUAACGUCAUCAGUUUAUGCACUAUUGUGUGGAUCUUUAAUGGUCGUUAUAUUCGUGAUCUAAACAACAGUUUAUCAACAUCACUUCAUUCUUAUUAAUUGGUUUCCUGAAUCAAAGUCAUCGCAAAGGAAUUUAACAUGUCCAACCCAAUCAAACAUGGUGUUACAUUUUUAACCAGAGAAAAGGCUCACUCAACGUUGCGUUUAGAAGACUACUACGAUAUCGAUCGUAAAUUUUCAAAGCCUGGAUUUCGAACUGAAGAUGGCCAGUUCAAUUGGCAUUGCUCUUGUGUUAGUUCAUACAUAUCCAGUCCUUGUGGAUACUUCUUUCGAAAUUUUAUGCAGAAUAUUGACAAAUUUUUAAAAAGCGAGGACGCUUUUGAAAAACAACAAAAUCGAAACUUGUUUAUUCAACUUCAUUCUCAGUUAUUAGGGUGUUUAAAAGCUCAUCCUGUAUAUUAUAAAUCAUUCAUGGAUGAGUAUGCUUCACCGUUAGAUAGUUUGAUGAAAGAUGUAGAAUAGAAUAAUAAAAAACCUGUGUUUCUGUAUUUACUUUAAAUCUCACUUUGCAACAAUCAAUUUUUACUUUCAGUAGUUACCGACUUCUAAAUGGCGUGUGAAGAAAGAUGCGGAUAUUUUAUGAAUGAAAAAAAUAAAUUUUGUCAUCAACUUCGCGCUAAGGGUUCAGAUCGCUGUUUUUACCACAUUAGCGAACCAUCCAUAGCUAAAAUGGCUUGUCCAAUGGAUCCAACACAUUUCGUCAGCCCUUCAAAUCUUAACAAACACUUGAAAAAGUGUAGUAAGCGGCGUAGAGUUAAGGCUGUAUAUGAUGUGACUGGAAUCAAUUCAGCCAACUUAUGUGAUCGUAAAAUUGUUCCAAAAAUGUCGCUAGCUGAUGUGUCUGCAGUUACAACGUUACGGCUGAUAGCACGUUUAGAAGAAUUGAGUACAGAGUUGAAUCUCAUUGACCGAAUCGAAGAUUCAUCAGUAGGCGAUAUUCAUCCACUUAUUUCAUUCACAAUGAAUAAUCCUCGUCAUUGGUGUACAAACGGACUUGCUGGAUUAAAUGAAAUACCAUCUUUUCUUCAGUCGGACUCGAUAUCAUUGAAUAGCAGCAAUGAUAAAGUCAAUCAAGAUACAAAUGUAUCAGAGGAUAACUUCUCAGUAAAUCCAGAACAUGCGAUCCGUGGAUCAACGCGUCAUAUUUAUCAGAAUGGCUGUCUGAUUCGAGUUUUGGAAAAAGAAAACCUCCUUACUACUGGUAAUUUAUAUCUUGAAUUCGGUGCUGGUCGUGCUGGAUUAUCUCAUUGGAUCAACAACUGCCUAGCGUCUUCUGAAUUAGGCUCUCGUUGUUACGAUCGGUUUCCAGGUGUAUGGCCGGUAAAGGCACCUGAAACUGACUUUAUAGUUGUGGAACUCAAUUCCGUUCGUAAUAAGAUGGAUAGACGGCAACGUGAUGAAGGAAAUUUUACACGUAUUAGAAUAGAUAUAGCUAACUUGGAUCUUACUCAUGUUCCAUUGAUACAAGAAAAUAAAAGACCAUUAAUAGCUGUUGCCAAACAUUUAUGCGGUGAUGCUACAGACUUAUCACUUCGUUGUUUGAAAAAUGGUGAAAAUGUUAUGAACCUCUCAGGUAUAAUGUUUGCUGUAUGCUGUCAUAGUAAAUGUACUUGGGAUGAAACAGUUGGUCGAUUUUGGCUAGAAAAAGAAGCAAAGAUAACAUCAGAUGAAUUUCGCUUAAUCUCUUAUUUUUCCUCAUGGGCAGUUUGUGGAUUCAAAUGUGAAUCAUCUGAACAAGCGGACAAUCCUAUUCACAGCUCCAAUCAAAGUUAUUUAGAAGCUUUAAAGAGUGACAAUGAAAAAGAAUGUCAGGAUGCACUCCACAACCUAGAUGUAUGUGUGAAGGUGAAAAUCGGAAAAAUAUGUAAACGUUUAAUUGAUUGGGGACGUCUCAUGUACAUAAAACACGAGUUAAAUCUUCCGAAUAUCUCUUCUGUGGCCUAUACAACAUCAGACGUAACACCUGAAAACAUUGUGAUAUGCGCUAGUCGGUAAAAGCCUGGCUAAAACUAAAUUAUUUGCAAUUAUUUUUUCAUACAAUUUCUAAUAACAUGUGUGCGUAAUUAAAAAGAUUUAAUAUUUAUACCAAAUAAAACCUUCUUAUUUCGUAUUUAGUCCACCUGUAGCUCUUCUAGAGUUACUGCCAGUCCCAAGCCCGUUUAAAGGGGAAGGUUUGGGCAUAAUGUUAGCUACCCUAUCCCGUGGAAAAGGAACCAGUUAAUAAACGCUAACCAGAAAAAAAUAAUUCAACACGAACGUCACGAAAGUUCUACCAUACGGAGCUGAAACUUGAAGAACUACAACAACCAUCAUCAAGAAGGUACAAGUUGCCUACGCAAGAUACUGAACACCCACUGGCCGGAUACCAUCAGUAACAGCCUUCUGUGGGAGAAAACAAACCAGCUUCCAGCUGAAGAGGAAAAUAGUAAAAGACGAUGGAAAUCGACAGGACAUACAUUACAGACCACAAGUAUGUUAAUUGUAGGUCACAUGAAACGUAUAUUUUUGGUCGUCAUGCUCAUUUAUAGAUGGUAGACAACUAAAGUGUAUUUUGAAUUUACGGUGAAGUGGGAUGGAAAAUGAUAAUGAUAAACGCAGUCGCAAUAACCCUGCGUCCCUAUACCUCUGAUUAAGGAUAAAAUUCAUUUCAUUUACUAAUUUAUUUUUCUUUUGAGUCAGUUAGCUGCGGU